CGAUAGAGUUCAGGAGUGCGAAAAACGAAACACGAAAACGAAAGAAAUUGGAUGGAGCGUAGAAGAAGUCCUUUAGGGGUCGUCUACGCAGUUAUACAAAAGAAGAAAAUUUUGAAAAACGAUUGACAGGUUGGUAACGAGCCUGCCUUCGGCGGCGAAGGCCUGUGUUUCCUGGGGAGUGGCCCAUUGGGCUUUCUCAACCCGUAAAGGUGGAGAAAUGUCGAUUCGGUUGGUAGCUCACCGUAUCGUGCAAAAUGGUCGGGCUUUACUACACUCCCUUCGAAAUACCGAGUGUCUCUACCCUAAUUGUCAUCCAAGAAUCAACCACGGCAACAUACACGUUGUACAAGUAGGCAAGUCCCAGGGCUAUUUGCCCCAGGGUAACAACAAUGUAUCUACCGCUGGAAGACACCUUGGUUAUUUGGGAGCCCACGCUCGACGGCUUUUCGUUGAUAAUAUCUUAAAACGAGUCACUAAUAGUUUGGCAGCUGAUUUAAGAAGACGGGCAGCAACUAGAUUAGUCUUUGGAGAUUCUGCACCAUUUUUCGCUUUAGUUGGAGUGUCCUUAGCAUCUGGAUCUGGAAUAUUGACAAAAGAUGAUGAGUUGGAGGGAGUCUGCUGGGAAAUUAGGGAAGCAGUAUCAAAAUUACAAUGGAACAUGCCUCAAAAUGAUAUGAAUUAUGAAGUUAUUAAAGAUGAAGAGAAGGUUGUCACAUUGAGUGAUUUUGUAAUUGGUCCUGCUAUUGCUAAAGGCUGCUCUGCAGUUGUAUAUGCAACAAGAUUCAAGGAAUCAAACGAAGACAAAAAUGAACUAAGUAUCGACAGCAAAGCCACGAAUGUAGCUACAUUUCCAUUGGCAUUGAAGAUGAUGUUUAAUUAUGAUACUGAAUCGAAUGCACUUUCCAUUUUAAGAGCUAUGUACAGGGAAACUGUCCCAGCUAGAAAACACUUAAAUAAUGAGGAACUGGCCGAAUGGGAAAUUAAAAUGGCAGAAAGAAAAGCAGAGCUACCGCCACAUCCAAACAUUGUAGCAAUGUACUAUGCUUUUGCUGAUACAGUACCAGCAUUACCUGGUUCCUUGAGAAUGUAUCCUGAUGCAUUGCCUAUACGCAUUAACCCCCAAGGAUCUGGAAGAAAUAUGAGUCUGUUUCUAUUAAUGAAAAGGUAUGACACAACGUUAAAACAAUAUCUGGUUGAUCAUGACAUAAGCAUCAGAGAAUCAACACUACUAUUUGCACAGUUACUUGAAGGUGUUGCACACAUGAAUGCUCAUGGCAUCGCACAUCGAGACCUGAAAAGCGACAAUAUUCUGCUAGACCUGUCCGAAGAAACUGACAACUGCCCGUCUUUAGUCAUUACAGACUUUGGAUGUUGUCUUGCUGAUAAAAGCCAUGGAUUAUAUUUGCCUUUCAACACUCACGAUAUUGACAAAGGAGGCAACGCUGCGCUAAUGGCGCCAGAAGUGAUCACAACAGAACCUGGACCAUUCACUAAUAUCAAUUACACGAAAGCUGAUCUUUGGACCAUAGGUACAAUUGCAUACGAGAUAUUCGGUAUGAGGAAUCCAUUUCAUGGUGACAGUAAUGACAAAACAUCGCUCAAGAACUACAGCUACAAAGAGACGGAUCUUCCGCUCUUACCAAACGAGGUGCCAACGAUUGUAUCCGCUUUAAUAAAAAAUAUACUGUCUAGAAGUUUGUACAAGAGGUUAGAUACAGAAACAGCAGCAACUGUAAUGCAACUGCACUUAUGGGCACCGAGUACUUGGCUUAGAAGCGAAGCGAAGUUACCAUCUAGUAACGAGGUGAUGCAGUGGCUUCUGUGCUUAACAACGAAAGUACUUUGCGAGGGACGUAACUCUGCACUACCUGUAUUAGAUAUUCUCUACGAGGAAGGAGUGGAAAACAUCGUCAGAAACCAUUCUUAUCAAAGAUCCUUAUCAACUAGGUCUUGCGGAAGACGUACCAUGCCGGAAUAUCAAUUAAUAGCGAGUUUCCUCAGUAGAGUCACGCUUGGCAAUGUUAGAAAUGCCUUAAAGUGGAUACAGAAGAAUAAUGUAUAAUUUUUUAGUAAAUGUUUUAUGUCCCCCCAAUAAAGGGACAAGAUCGAACGAUGUGAUGAAAGUAUUGUCUCUUCUAAAUGUCGAAGAAAAAAAAACGAAGCUGUUUCGUGAUUAUUUUUCGACAUGAAGCAGAAAUUGUUAUAUUAUUUUUAUAUAUCGAGUUCAACCGUAUUUUCGUUGAUGUUCCCAAGUUGGUUUCUUAUUAAUUUAUUUUUGAUACUGCGAAAAGAAAAUCCAGACAAGUCACACCUUCAAACAUAUUUUAUCUAUGGUUCUAAUUAACAAAUCACCGUAGCUGUGGAACUAAUCAUAGGACGACUUCUUUUGUGAUUCAUUUGCCUUGUAAUCCAACAAUAUUGAAAGCAGUGUAAGCGUAUUUAUUUUGACAAUUUUAUUUUAUUCAUUUUAUUUAUGUAUAAUGGUCUCCAGGUAAAUUAUUAUUCUAUUUACACAGAAAGCAAUCUUUCGUAUCCGAUAAAGAUAGUUCAUUCUGUGUCACUAUAAAUUAUUAUAAUUAAAAUAUCACUGUGCGAUACAGAAUGUAUUGGUCACUCGGUGAUUUUCAGAUAUCAAUUUCAGUUAUUUUAUUAAAAUGGUCAUUUCUUUGGAAUUUACUACGCGGAUGAAUGUAAAUAUUACAGCGAACCGAAGAAACAUCCAAACACUGUGUGAAUGUUAUUCAUUAAUAAAAUUUGUGAACA